AUGUGGUUUUUGAAGGCCUUUUUAUGGACGUUCAUUGUAGGUUUUGUCUUUGCAGAACAAGUUUGGAAGAACAGCAAUGCGAUUCGAUCCAUUGAUUUGCGAUCUACAUUCGUUAGGGAAACAAAUUCAUUAAUCAUUGUCAAUGAAGGUAAUGAACCCGAAAGUGUGUAUCGCUAUCAUCAACAUUUGAAUGAAGAUGAGAAAGUUGCAGACAUACGAGCUGUAAUCAAGGAACUUUCGAAAAAGAAGGCCCAAAUCACCAAGGUGGAUGAUGAAUCUUUUGAUAUUUUAUUGGAAACCCCUGUCCAGCCUGGUGAGAGCCUUACCAUUAGUCUUCAAACUAGCCUUGUUCAUGGAGUCCGUCCUCUUCCCGCCGCUAUCGAUCAAGAUGACGCUCAAUUUUUGGUGUACAAAACUUCUCGAUUCCUUGAUAGUAUGUACCCUACGGAACAACAGCGUACCCGCUUUGUCCUUCCAUCCUCCGACAUUGAGUCUUUUACGACAUUUGAUGAAUCUCCCGUUCGCAAAGGAAAUACACUUGUCUAUGAAACUCGCUCUCUCGUUGUUCCUGGUGAUUCUGAGGAAGAAAUUCAAGUUCGUUUUGAACACACCAAUCCUCUUCCCAAUGCUCUCGAUUUCCAGAUGCAAGUCGAACUUCACCAGUACCGCCAAAAGAUUGAUGUUUCAGAGCGAAUUAUUGUUGAAAACCGCUCUGCCAAAUUGAAGAAUCCUUUUGAUCGUGCUAGAUGGUACAUGAAGAACUUCUACAACCCCGUUUCUACAGCCAUCAACCGUUUUCUCAUUAACUUACCCAAAGACGUAAGCGAUGUUUCUUACACGGAUGAAGUUGGUAAUAUCACCACUUCCCAUAUGCGUACCGAGCCUAAACAGACAGUGUUGGAGUUACUUCCUCGUUAUCCCGUUUUUGGUGGAUGGAAUUAUUUGUACAAAUUGGCCUGGUCGAUGCCCUAUUCCACCUUUGCUGACCAAGAGGAUGAGCAAACUGUCAUUCAACUUCCUCUCACUUGGGUUCCUGGAGAGUUAUUGUUCGAAAAAGCCAUCUGGUCCUAUGUUUUCCCAGAAGGCGCAUCUAACAUUUCUGUGAAAAUGCCCAUAGAAGUCGACUCCUCGAAAGUGGAGACUGUUUACAAAUUCCUGGACACAAAAGGCCGCCAAGUUUACACUUUCGAGGCUACUAAUGCCAUUGACGGAACUCCAUCUCAGUUUGUAGAAAUCUCAUACAGCUUCGAUAGUUCUAUUAUGUACAUGCGCAUUGCAAUCAUUACUGCCUUAGUUUUGAUUCUUGCUACUGCCGUCUAUCUUAUUUGGGCUCCUUAA